AUGCGCAAAAAUUACAUCUACGUUGGUCGUGUUAUAAAAUUUAUUAUAAAGUUUAUUAAAUGGAUUGUUGUAACUUACGCGGCAACCGUGUUUUUUGUAAUGCUACUCGCCAAUUUUAUCCUUCCGACACCAUCACCUAUCUCACCGCGCGUCGACCUCAAGAUUCUCAAAGUUAUACCGAAUGAAUUUAAUGAAAAUAGAGAAAUUUACGAGUCCGCACUAGUGGAAAUGAACGUUGAUGCCGAUUUUACACCACUUUUCACUUUUAAUACGCAUUCAAUCUUUGUGUCAUUAAUAGUAGAAUAUGAGACACCUACUCAUACUCGUAAUCAGAUUGCGUUAUGGUCAUUCAUAAUACGAAACCGAACCUCUGCCGUUCUACAAUUGCAUCAAGAGAUAAAUACAUUCAAUGACAUUACUCCAAGUUUCAGAGGUGUGAAUGGCACAUAUAUGAUGGAAUGGGAUAUUAUACCAAGGCUUGGCGUUUUACGACACGGUCGCGUUCAUCAAGCUGAUGCAUUAUUUACAUUUCCUAAAUUGCAUAUGCCUAUUGCAUCAAAAAUAGGCCGUAAACUUAUUAGAUACCCUCCAGAGGUUUCAAUUAUACAUGACCAGACACCAAUUACUCAACCACGCGUUAAGGCUGAUUUAAAUUCUACAACUUUAACAAUAUCAGGACCAUUAGGUGCACAUUCUAUGCCGCUUAAACCAUAUAUUCAUCUCAAAUUUUAUGAAUCAAAAGUACCUUAUGUAAAACCUGAAGAUAGAAAACCUAUAACAAAUGAAGAUGAUUUUAUUGAUGAAAGUGAUUUUGAUAAAAAGCUUCGUGUUUCAGUUCAACAUCCUGAAAAUAAAGAACAAAAAACGAUGUGGGGUACAACUCGAGCUCUAAUCGCGAAUUACAUUAAAGGUGUUUCAGAGGGUUACAGGGUUUCACUGAAAUUUGUUGGUGUUGGAUACAGAGCUAGUUUGGAAUCCGAUGGUAAACUUUAUCUUGAAGUUGGCUAUGUUAAUCCUGUUGUAAUGGAAAUUCCAUCUGGCCUCAAGUGUACCGUACCAACGCCGACUAAGAUCAUUUUGAGUGGCACUGAUAAGCAAUUAUUGUAUAGGUUUGCGGCACAAAUAAGAGAACAUAGAAAACCAGAGCCUUAUAAUCAAAAAG